AUGAAGAGGGGCCUCUGUGGGUCCUCACGAGACCUCCAGCGCAGGGUCAGCCCACCCCACGCAUUGGGGUCGAGUCCAACCGGGACAAGGGUGGAGGUCGUUCUAGCCAACCCCAGCGUCGCCAUCCCCGACGUUGCCGCCAGGGCAGGCGCCACCGCCCCCGAUGCCGCUGGCCCCAUCGAUGACCUUGGUGCAUGCGCCGCUAUCUCCAUCGUCGUCGCCGCAGCCGUCAUCGCCGUCGACGCAUGUCCCGCUCUCUCCGCCGCCACCACCAUCUCCGUCGCGGCCACCGGAGCGGGCGUUCUCGCCUCCGCUGCCGCCGCGGUCUCCGCUGCGGCCGCUGGGGCAGGCGUCCCCGUCUCCGCCGCCGUCGCGGUCCCCGUCGCAAUCACUGGGGCGGGCGUCUCCGUCUCCGCCACCGCUGCCAUCUCCGUCGUCAUCGUCGAAGCAGGCGCCCCCAUUUCCAUCACCGCCCCCUUCGUGGCCGACACCCUAGACGCCGACGCCCCUCCCCCCCUCCCGCUGGCUCCUCUUCCGCCUCGUCAUCGAGGUUUAUCACCUAGCCGGGUGGAGGAACCCUAG